GUGACGCGGACCCCGCCCGCUCUUAUAGAGGAGCCCCCGGGAGCGCAGGGACCGACCUCCGCCGCUGCCGCCACCGCCCGCCCGCCCCACUGCAGCCGCAGCUCCCAGCAUCAGCGCCGCCGCCACCCGCGCCUCCACCACCAUGCGGGAGAUCGUGCACCUGCAGGCGGGCCAGUGCGGCAACCAGAUCGGGGCCAAGUUCUGGGAAGUGAUCAGCGAUGAGCACGGCAUCGACCCCACGGGCACGUACCACGGAGACAGCGACCUGCAGCUGGAGAGGAUCAACGUGUACUACAAUGAGGCCACAGGAGGAAAUUAUGUCCCCCGAGCCGUGCUGGUGGACCUGGAACCCGGCACCAUGGACUCCGUGCGCUCCGGCCCCUUUGGUCAGAUCUUCCGGCCUGACAAUUUUGUGUUCGGCCAGUCCGGAGCCGGCAACAACUGGGCCAAGGGUCACUACACUGAAGGCGCGGAGCUGGUGGACGCCGUCCUGGACGUGGUGCGCAAGGAGGCGGAGAGCUGCGACUGCCUGCAGGGCUUCCAGCUGACCCACUCGCUGGGGGGCGGCACGGGCUCGGGGAUGGGCACGCUGCUCAUCAGCAAGAUCCGCGAGGAGUUCCCCGACCGCAUCAUGAACACCUUCAGCGUGGUGCCCUCGCCCAAGGUGUCGGACACGGUGGUGGAGCCCUACAACGCCACGCUGUCCGUCCACCAGCUGGUGGAGAACACGGACGAGACCUACUGCAUCGACAACGAGGCCCUCUACGACAUCUGCUUCCGCACCCUCAAGCUCACCACCCCCACCUACGGGGACCUCAACCACCUGGUGUCGGCCACCAUGAGUGGCGUCACCACCUGCCUGCGUUUCCCCGGCCAGCUCAACGCCGACCUGCGCAAGCUGGCCGUCAACAUGGUGCCCUUCCCGCGUCUGCACUUCUUCAUGCCCGGCUUCGCCCCUCUGACCAGCCGGGGCAGCCAGCAGUACCGGGCCCUGACCGUGCCCGAGCUCACCCAGCAGAUGUUCGACGCCAAGAACAUGAUGGCUGCCUGCGACCCACGCCACGGCCGCUACCUGACGGUGGCCGCCGUCUUCCGGGGCCGCAUGUCCAUGAAGGAGGUGGACGAGCAGAUGCUGAGCGUGCAGAGCAAGAACAGCAGCUACUUCGUGGAGUGGAUCCCCAACAACGUGAAGACGGCCGUGUGCGACAUCCCGCCCCGUGGCCUCAAGAUGUCGUCCACCUUCAUCGGCAACAGCACAGCCAUCCAGGAGCUGUUCAAGCGCAUCUCGGAGCAGUUCACGGCCAUGUUCCGGCGCAAGGCCUUCCUGCACUGGUACACGGGCGAGGGCAUGGACGAGAUGGAGUUCACCGAGGCCGAGAGCAACAUGAACGACCUCGUGUCCGAGUACCAGCAGUACCAGGACGCCACGGCCGAGGAGGGCGAGUUCGAGGAGGAGGCCGAGGAGGAGGUGGCCUAGAGCUGGCUUGUCCCCCUUCUGACCUUUGACCUCCCCCCUAGAGCCCAGUCGCACCUCUGACCCCAGAACCCCACUUCCCCUUCGACCCUGCUCACCUCUGACUCCAGAAACCCAGCAUCACCUCUGACCCCCACGAGCCUCACUUCACCUCUGACCCUGGCCCACCUUUGACCCUUGAACCCCCUUAACUCCAACUCCCAUGACACCUCCAUGACCCCUGCUUCACUUCUGACUCUAUAACCCCACUUUACCUUUGAGCUCCGUAAGUCCCGCUUUGCCCCUGACCUCUCUGUCACCUUUGACCCUCCCCCAAGAACCCCCAUUUCCCCUCUAGACCUGCAAGCCCUGGUUUACUUUGGAUCCCUCCCUGUGAGCUUCAGUUCACCUCUGACCUUGUUUCACCUCUGACCCCAGGAACCUCACCUUUCCUCUGACCGUGUCUUUUCUCUGGACCCCAUUUCCUCUACAACUUCACCCCGAUCAGCUUCUGCUUAACUUGGCUGACCCACAGUGGUGGAGCCCUGGUGCUGGGGAAGAAAAAGGCCUGGUGCCUAUGGGGAAAAGUUGUCCCCACCACCCCCAGCCCUCCCCACCCUCCUUGCCCCUGACCCACCCUCAAUAAAUAAAUUAAUUGUCAUCCUG